AUGCCUGCCAUUCGAACUGGAGCGAAGCCCGAUGAGAAUACACGCCAGCUGACUCUGACUGGGGAGCUGGCGAGUGUUACUCCAUUGCCAUCGUCGUCCAAAUCACGCUCAAAAAAAUCGUCCUCCGAUCGCGUCUAUACCGAUGCCAUUUUUGCUAUCAAACCCCACUUUAUCAAUCUCAUUGUGAAGCGGGAGAAAAAUCACGAGUAUCGGAAAUACGAAUUAAGGGAUACGGUGACCCGAAUUUGGCUUUACGAAGUAGCUCCAACAUCCGCCAUCUCGCACGUGAUGGUCACAAGCCGCCCGAAAAUACCUGGAGAAGUAUGUGACUCGAAUGGCAUUGGGAAUGACGAUUUCGAUAAUGGGAUGAAGGAUUCGAAGUUCGGUUACCCGGUACUGCAUCUAUAUAAACUGAAGACGCCACUGAGACCAGAGGUGAUGAAGAAGACCUAUGGUGUUCCUACGCCACAGGGGUACAUGUACGCUACAAAAAAGAUGGUUGAUGAGCUACCACUGGAGGACAUGGAGAAACUAUUCUGAGUCAGUUUGUAUAAUCAUGAUGUUGUACCAUAGUGCGGGAGCGCGGGAAUGCAAAAAGGAUGACCUAGGU